CAGUCGCAAGCGGAUUGUUUGUCUGUUCGCCUGUCGCUGUAGAAUCUACAUAGAAGUUGUUACUCCAAUAGGAUCGUUCUUUAAAGCUGCUCCGGAAGAAUGGUCUACCUUUGCACUCUUGUCUUUCUGCUCUGCCCUGUCUUGUUUUUGGGUGCUCCGUUGGAAAACCCGAAUCCCAAGUCUCAGGUGGAGUACAUCAGUUUGAGUGACAACAACAAGAGAGUGGGAGCCACCAAUGCGAAUCCGAAUAUUGUGCCAAUCACCCGUCCACCGGUCGUGACGCAAACCGCACCUCCGCCGCCGGCUAAUUCGAAGAACUUUGCAUAUAAUCCGUUGACUCAGAGCUGGACGCAGAUUGCGCCGGGCGAUCCGCUGCCCAAUAACGAAACUCUCGUGUGGAACCAGAGCAACGACAAAUGGCUCACUCGCUAACCUUGUUAUACAUAUGCUUUAAUUGUUAAUAAGGAAUAAAAGUAGUACGAUACUGGAACUUA